UGCGAGUUGAAGACCAUAGAAGUCAUACACUCUAUUGGUGUCACCUGGAUUGAAGAACUCACUUGCUUGUAACCCCAUUGAUACAGACAAUUAUGGAUUUGGCCGGACCGAGCUUAGCCCCCUGGGCUGCGCGUCGUAUUGCGACAGGUGGCUUUGGCGGCAACAUUUCUGUAGCGGACAAGGCAUUCCCAGAGAUGCUUCAUCUCAUAGACACCCAUUGGUACCAGUUCCCGCCCCUGGACCCGUUAUGGCACGGAAUCCAAGGUUUUACCAUCGCAUGCUUGGCAUGCAUAGCCAUAUUCGGAAACGGAAUGGUCAUCUACAUAUUCAGCACCACCAAACACUUAAGGACACCGUCCAAUCUCCUGGUCAUCAACUUAGCAUUUUCCGAUUUUUCCAUGAUGUUCACCAUGGCUCCGCCAAUGGUAUACAACUGUUAUAAUCAGACGUGGAUGUUUGGGCCGUUUUUCUGUAAUAUUUAUGGAAUGUGCGGGUCUCUAUUUGGCUGUGUUUCAAUCUGGACCAUGUCAGUGAUAGCAUGGGAUAGGUACAAUGUUAUCGUAAAGGGUCUAAGCGCGAAACCCUUAACCUUCAAGGGGGCUGCAUUCUGGUUGUUCAUGGUAUGGAGCACGUCACUAGGGUGGACCGUUGCACCCGUUUUGGGAUGGAGCAGGUAUGUUCCCGAGGGAAAUUUGACUGCUUGUGGGACUGAUUACAUGAGGGACGACAUGCCUACACUCACCUACAUCUGGGCAUACACCUUCUUCUGCUAUUUUUUACCUCUGGGAGUCAUCGUAUACGCUUAUUGGUUCAUAGUACAGGCUGUUGCCGCUCACGAAAAAUCAAUGAGGGAACAAGCGAAGAAGAUGAACGUUGCAACACUGCGUUCUGGUGACCAGGCUAACACCAGCGUUGAAUGCAAGUUGGCAAAGGUCGCACUGGUCACGAUAUCUUUGUGGUUCAUGGCCUGGACACCCUAUUUGGUCGUGAACGUAGUCGGGAUGCAUAAACUCGCCAACCUUAAUCCCUUGGGAACUAUUUGGAGUUCUUUAUUCGCCAAGGCAAACGCUGUAUACAACCCAAUCGUUUACGCAAUAAGCCAUCCAAAAUACAAGCAAGCUUUGUACAAAAAGUUCCCAUCCUUAAAAUGCGCAUCCGGUGAAGACGAAACAGCAUCAGUCGCAUCCGGUGUAACGAACGUCGAAAACGAGAAGUCUACUACUGCGUAAACACACCGUAUUUGAAUUACAACGAAAUAAGGCACGAAAAUGGACUACUCUGUUUCUGUAAAUAAUAUUUUAAACCGAUUAAUUACAAUAAAUAGUAAACCUUUGCAAGCAAA